AUGCGUGGUUUUCAAACGGUGUCAGUCGUGCUUUCCAGUACCGGCCUAGUGCUUGCAGAUGCUUCGACGUUCAAUUUUCGACCCGACAACGUGACUUUGAGCGAACUUUACCGUUGGGUAGGAUCGUACUACAAUGGAACCACGUAUCUUGAAUUUAAUCCUUAUGCUGGACUAGCAUCUUCCGAAACAGAAUACUGUCCAAUUCUUCGCAACAAAACGAUCACAAGGAACUACACAACGGUGCUAUGUCUUACAGAGCCAGCCUCCUACAACGCACCCGAUGACCCAGUGAAUGCCUUCUUGACUCUCUGGCCUCAUAAUUUUGACUUCAGCUCAAUACCUUUCGAUGGUGAUAUCGAUGAGGUAUCUUCUCUGGAAUAUGGACUAUUCUCAUCCAUCCCCUUGUAUGGAAAUUACUCAAUGUACGGCAGUGAGAAUUUUAACUGGUCCCUUGAAACAACCCAAGGCCCGCCGUACAAUCUUUCCAGUACACUCACUAAAUAUGCGGGAUUUAAUUACUGGGACAUCAACAGCACAAUAAUAUGCGGUCAAUCCACAGUCUCAAGCUGGACAUUUGUACCAGUGACCUUCAAUUUUAGUCUGAACGGGACAAACUUCCCAGACCCUGUCGUUAAUCUUCAGUUUGAUGGUACGACCGCAAAUAUGACUAUGAAGGGAUACUUUGUGGCGGUUGCCAAUUUGGUAACCGGGCAGGAUGUGGAUUCAUGGUACGGGAAUGUCUUUGGUGGUACAUUUGUUAUGAGCUUUGAGGGCGUUAUUGAUAAAUACCAUUCCGAUGUUCUGAGGAACGACACUGAUACUCCGACUUGGCUUCGUACUGUUGGCUAUCAGAAUAACUCCUUGAAUGUGCUUGUAUUUUUAUCUUGA